AUGUUUCACAGGAUUGGAUACAACUACAUGCACCUCAAGGCUCACAAUAUGUUAGCUCAUGGACUCCAAUCCACCUCAUGCUUUGUGCCAACCAUUUCAUCCUUAACUCUUGCCUAUAAGAGCCCAACAUCCUUUGCUCAAUUGUCAAAUCACCAAGUACUUGUAUCUGAUUUAGUGCCUGAAGUUUCCCUCAAGUUUGUGACUCAACUUAGUCUAGAAUUGGCUGUUGGCAAAGGUCUGAUUCAAAUCAAAAUCAACAAUGAAACACAUAUCAGCAACAACUCUGGAGCCCUUUCAACUGAUCAAUUGUCUGCAGAAGACAAAGGGAAUAACAAGACGGUUGCAACAUUGCUAUUCUCCAACCAGUGCCAUUCUCCUGAUGCACACACUGGCAACAAUGCCAACAAUCCAGAAGCAACCAAUUUCCCCGUUGAGUAA